AGCAGUCAGCUGAGCCCAACUUGUGCGGACGCGGCUCCAACCUCGUACAACAUGCAGGAUCACAAGGAGCACGUUUAACCCUGUGCACUGUUUGUCAUUCCAGCGUUUACAGAAAACAAUCCAGUUAAACACCCUCUCCUUUAUUCCACUUCGCCGUUCUUUCCCCGUGAAGAAUACCGAUUUUGAGGACCCAGCGUUUCUGGAACCUGAAACUGCUAUUUUUCGAAACCGGGUCCCUGAGUGGAUAAACCGUAAUUAUUUGAGUGGCUGUGCGAAGUUGCUGGAUAUUGGCAGGAACUGGAACACGCUGUCGUAUGUGCCGAUCCAGAGCAUCCCAAACAUGCUCAAUGGGUGACAUGUCCGUCUGUUGCGCAGGACGUCGGAGGUGCAUGUGACAGCUCACACCAGUUGCGGGGACUCUGAGUAUGGCCUUAGCUGGAUGUCCAGACUAUUUCCUCCACCAUCCAAACUACCAGGACAAUGUUGACCGCACCCCUUCUCACAGACCGUCAAAUCUCAUCGGUUCAAGCUUCCAGCAGUCGUCCAAUCGGAAUUCUCCUAAUCACCCAGAGGAUGAUGUAGAUCUGGAGGCCCUGGUGAAUGACAUGACCUCUCUUUCAUCCUAUGAGAGCAUCUAUGCAACCUGUGGGACCCAGCAUUCGGACUCCGCCCCCCUCUUGCACAGCACUGAUGGCAGUGGACUCCAUGGCAACAGAUUGGCCCCACUGCCACGGGCCCCUAGUAAUAAAGUGACCGCCCCCCACUCUCCUGCUCAAAAGCUCCGGCGAUCACAGCCAAUGCACAUACAGGCUGUCAGGCGACUUCAAGAAGAAGAGUUGCAAGUUCGUCCAGCAUCUCUGCCAGCUAUUCCGAACCCGUUCCCUGAGCUCUGCAGCCCCUCGGGAUCUCCUGUGCUGAGCCCUGGAUCUCUGCCACAGCCGUCGGAGUCACAUAUCAUCAAGGUUUUCAGCGAGGAUGGUGUGGGAAAAGUUGUGGAAGUCCCCGCCGACAUGACGGCGAGAGAUGUGUGUCAGUUCCUGGUCUACAAGAACCACUGCCUAGAUGACAACUGCUGGUCUCUAGUGGAGCAUCAUUCCCUGCUUGGUCUGGAGAGGUGCCUGGAAGAUCAUGAACUGGUUGUUCCUGUGCAGGCCUGCAUGUCUCCAGAGAGCAAGUUUCUCUUCAGGAAGAACUACGCCAAGUACGAGUUCUUUAGAAACCCACUGAACUUCUUUCCGGAGCAGAUGGUAGCGUGGUGUCAGGAAACGAAUGGCUCUAUCCCACAGUCACAGCUCUUACAGAAUUUCUUGAAUUCCAGCAGCUGUCCAGAGAUCCAGGGCUUCCUUUAUAUGAAAGAGACGGGCCGCAAGUCCUGGAAGAAGCUCUACAUGUUCUUGCGUCGUUCUGGAUUGUACUACUCUACUAAAGGAAUGUCUAAGGAGCCAAGGCACCUGCAGUUACUGUCGGACUUGGAAGAGAGCAAUAUUUUCACUGUGACGACAGGCAGAAAGAUGCACAACGCGCCCACAGACUACCAAUUCUGCAUUAAGCCCAGUAAGGGCAGGACAGAACUGAAGGAGUUGAAGAUGCUGUGUGCCGAGGACGAGCAGAGCCGAACGUGCUGGAUGACUGCUUUCAGACUGCUCAAGUUUGGAAUUCUCCUAUAUCAGAACUACAAGAGCCCACACCAGAGAAAGACCGCCAUAUCAAACUUCACCACUCCUGUGCGGAGUGUGUCCGAGAAUUCUCUGGUGGCUAUGGAUUUCUCAGGAAGGACGGGUCGUGUGAUUGACAACCCUGUGGAGGCUCAGAGCGCUGCCAUGGAAGAGGGACACACUUGGAGAAAACGGAGUCAGAGAAUGAAUGUUUUGGGAAGCCCCAGUCCUCUACAUCCCUCGCCAUUAAGCUCAGUUAUCCACAGGACACAGUUAUGGUUCCACGGCCGCAUUAUGAGAGAGGAGUCCCACAGGAUGAUUAUGCAGCAGGGCCAAGUUGAUGGGUUAUUCCUUUUGAGAGACAGCCAGAGCAACCCAAAAGCAUUCGUUCUCACACUGUGCCAUCAUCAGAAGAUUAAACACUUCCAGAUUUUACCUUUUGAGGAGGACGGCCAGGUCUUUUUCAGCCUUGAUGACGGUUCUACCAAGUUCACAGACCUGAUCCAUCUGGUAGAGUUCUACCAGCUCAACAGGGGUGUCCUGCCCUGCAAACUCAAACACCCCUGCACCAUGGUGGCCUUAUGACCCCCUCCUGAUCCUUACAACACAACACACACAAAAAAGUAACUGAGAAACUGGAUGCUUUUUUUUUUUUUUUUUUUUUUUUUUUUUUUUUUUUAAUAAUAAUAAUUUCCAGUCAUUUUCAUAAUAAGCUGACGCAACCCAUGGGCAUGAAAAAGGUUUUUCUCACUGCUAUGGGAUUAGCAUGGAAACGUUUGGGAAUAAUUACGGGACAAGAUCAACUUCCCAGACACCCUGUCCUUUGGUUUUUGACAAGGGUGCCUGCUUUUUUUUUUUUUUUUUUUUUUAAACAGUCUCUGUGGUGAUAUUCAUGAACUUUUACUGAAAUCAAGACAUUUUCAUCAUUCAGGACAUGACACUAGACACACACACACCCCCCCCCCAUAAGCUGAUCGGAUCGGGACGGUCGUUUCGUGUGGUGUGUCUGCGGGGACUUGCAUUGCAAAAAGUUACUUGAUGACGAUUGAUAUGUAUUAUGUUGUUUCCUACCUGAACAUUUUGCACUCUCAAGCUGAAAGCAGGUGAUCAGCUUCAUCCUGAGCUUACCGCAACAACUGUUACCCAUUUGCCUUCCUCCUACAGUUCACCCUUUCAUUUUUUUUGUCCUCUUCCAAACUCUUCCUGGGGAUUCCCUUUGUAAUGAUGGGAUUAGCGCAGCACCGAUGACAGUAAUGACCACAUGAGGUGGCACAUCCUCAGCCAAAUAAUGUAACCCGGUCUUUCAUACAUGGCUUUCUCCAUGUCAGUGAGGAGGGACUAGCCGCAAGGGGUAGCAGACUUGCACUUCAAUAAAUUAUACUUGAUUGCUAUGCUUUACCAGCAUAAGAAUUAGUUAAGUUUGGAGUUCUAAUCAAGCUUUGCCUUAAAGGAAUGUUCUGGGUUAAAUAUAACUUAAGCUCCAUCAACAUGCUGUUGAUUACAACAGAAAAUGUACUUUGAAAAACAAAAAGCGUGUCGACAGUCACCUGCUUAUAAUGCGACUCCAGUUUUUUCACUGAGUUUGCUUUGUAAGUGAAUUUCAGUCAGCUUAUUCGAUAUACACAUUCGAGUUCUGUCAUAAAUUACACUGUCACCGAGUCACACCGUAGAUUAAAGGGACAGCUCACCCAAAAAUUAAAAUGUAGUCAUUUGUCAAAAUGCUCACCCUGUGUAUGACUUCACUUUUCAGUGGGACACAAAAUGUUUUUGUCCUUACAAUAAACCUCAAUGGGGUCCAAAACAGCAUUGAUUUAUUAUAUGGACAAAAAGGGCAUUUUCAAUAAUAGUUGAUAUAUAAUAAACAUUCUAAUAUUUUCUUUUGUGUUUUCCACAGUAAAAAUUAAGUCAUGCAGGUAAAAUUUUUUAAUUUUGAGAAAGUCGUCCCUUUAAAUUUAACUCAGAUUGUAGAAAUAGACAGAGGCAGACAGUAGUGAAGUAUUUUUACUCUGCUUUAAAAGUACUUUAUCAGUGUUUUUCUUUAGAAAACUUUACUUCACAACAUUCUAAAGCAUAAUAUUGUACUUUUUACUGCACUACGUUUCAUAUUAAAUAUCGUUUAAUACUUAUUUUAGAAAUCUAGUACUUUCUUACUUUUACUCAAGUAAAAGUAUUUAAGGAUUUAGUUGAGUACAAGAACGUACUACAUUUUUAAUGUUCUUAAGUAUUAAAGGUAAAACAACCACAACAAUAUCUUUUAUUUAUAAAAUGUAGUGCAGUAAACGGUAAAAAAAUACAAUAUUACGCUUUGGAAUGUAGUGAAGUAAAAGUUUUCCAAAGAAAACGUUUUAUAUUUACUUGAGUCAAGUAAAAAUACUUAACUACUGUCCACCUCUGGAAAUUGAGUUUAGGUCGCAAGGGUUAACAAUAAGUAACCACGAUUUUUGAGAAUUAUCCAUAUCGUGUUAAUCACUUGUUCGGUUUAGAAAGACAAUGGCCUGUUUGAGCCCACUGAAUUUUCGAUUUUUCCUGUCAGGAUUUAAGUAUUUCUCUCCCGGCGUUGAAACGCCAUAUUGAUUUUGCGUAGUUUCUAUUUGGAGCCGUCAAAAGCUUGACUCGGGCCUUAAAGGGCCACUGAAACUUGACCCAGGCCUCUUUGGUAUGGUGUAUCCCACCCUGAGCACAAUUCAAGAGGGUUGUUAUUGGUUUCCUACACUGACUACAGGUCGUGUUACUUACCUAGCUAUCAGUAUAGCCCGAAGCUUAACAACUGCCUUUUCAAAUCACUGUGCUGUUCUUGAGCCAUGUUAAACCCCUAAAAGUGACAGGCCAGGCCCUGACCGAGCGCCUGCGAGGACUUUGCGAAGUCACGUCUCACGGGUGUGUCUGUAAUCCUCCGGGGCUGCGUGACAUAAUGCGGUGAGGAGAUUAUCUCCCGUGCCAGCUUUGCAAAAGGAGGUUAGCGGCAAAGAAGCCGGUGUACGGUUACCUGCGGCGCUACUUCAGCAGUCUCCUGUCUGUCCCUGACGCCCGCCUUGUUACCCUUCCAACACUGGCCCAGCAAGACUAAGCUAUGGUUUUAUAUGCUAACUCUGACAGCUGACUGUUAUACUGCUGAGCUAGAACCACACGCGCCUAGGACGAGAGUGUGUACGAUGCACACUGCGAUUGUCGAACACUUUAUGAUACCACACAAGCACCUUUUUAUUUUCACAUACGAUUCACGCUGUUUAACUUAUGUGAAACGCUUUAAGAACGCGCUUCACCUCAGAUGUUAGCUACGACUCUGAUCUGCCUUAUUUUACGUUAACGCUUCCGCUUCAUACGUAAAUCGACUUUGUAAAUUGUUAUGAAAAGUACAAGCUUCGCGCAAUCAGUGUCAGGGAUUGUCGAUGGCUUUUCAUUUAGUCACAGUUACAGCUUGCGUGAGUUAGACGGGGAUGCUUAAAAACAAAGUAUGUUCUAACUGGAAUGCAAGUGUGAACGCUGAUUUCGUGCCGUCCAGCUCAAGCUCAAAGUGUUUGGAUGACGCUUUUUCUUUUUCAUCAGACUUGUGCUGUUUGUGGCUCACAAUGAUGAAAUGCCAAACAUGCAUUUGAAAUUAACUUCCCCAGGUUUGAUUAUGAUUUCGGUAGAUUUGUUUUUUGAACACAGGUGACUGGAGAGCAUUUCACAUGUGUGUUUGGCUCAUAAUAUAUGCAGCUUUGUCUAUUAGAAACAUGGAAA